GACCUAAUAUGCAAUUUUCCCCACUGCAUUGGAUGUGUAGAUGGUAAACACGUCGUUAUUCAGAACCCUGAUAAUGCAGGAAGAUGCUUUGACUGUGAAAGACAGGAUGGAUCAGUUAUUCCUGGAACAUGGAGGGAUAUUAUACAAGGAGACUCUGGUAUCAUGCAACUUCAAAGACUUCCUAGACGACCACCCGAAGUAGCGAAAUCUGUUAGGGAUUAGUUUAAAGCAUACUUCAACACACCAGAAGG